AUGAGAGAACUGGAUCAGAAGAUGAAAGAUAUUGAUGUCGUGAUCAAGAAGGCAACACUACAAGCCAAGGAGUUGGAUUCCUCUUAUGAUAAUGUUAUAAAAGAAAUUAUUAAGUUUCGCAAAGAGAUAAAUGAUCGCUUAGAUCAACUGCAAAAACAAAUUCAGACAGAUGCUGAGAAAAAGACAAUCAAGGAAAAGCAAGCAGUCACGAAUGUGCUUGAUACAUGUACUGCUAUUUCUUCUGAUAUCAAGAAAUUAAAGUCAAGCCUACAAGACAACAAAGACUCACAGCAGAAUGGACAACUUUACAUCACGAUCAAACAAGCAAAAUCCAAACUAAAGUUGGAUGAUCUGAAGAAUGCUCAAGAAUCUUUGGAUCAGACAAACCUUCAACAUAUAUUUGAAAGAAACACAAAAUUAGUGAACCUCUUUAAUAAACAAUAUAUAUUUGGGAAGUUGAGCCGAUCCUCUUCUCUUUUGACUAACAUGGGAGAUAUAAAUGUACAGACAACAUCAGAUAAUAACAAACUUUGGAUCACGGGAUGUGCUGUAUUGUCCUAUAACAAAGUUAUGCUAGUAGAUAGCAAUAACUAUACCCUGAAAGUUGUGGACACACAAAGUAAAGUGGUAAUAGAAGAGAAGACCCUUGAAUCAAGACCAUGGGACAUUUGUAUACUGCCUCUAGACCUUAUUGCAGUGACAAUGCCAGAUCAGAAAAAGAUAUUGAUAAUGGCAACAAAUGGUGACAUUUCAAUCAUUCGCAAAAUUCCAGUUAAAAGAAAAUGUAGAGGUGUGACUUAUCACCAAGGUCACCUCUAUGUGGUUUGUUUAAGUCCUAAUUGCGUGUUUACUGUCGAUACACAAGGAAAUGUCAUUAACACAUUAUCCCUAAAGGACGAGAUAUUUGCCAGCCCGAACUUCAUAUUGCUUAGCCAAGAUGCCAGGCACAUGAACCUCAGUAACUGGGGUAGCAACAGUGUAUCCUGUGUCACAUUACAGGGUGAUAUAUCGGCUGUAUAUAAGCAUAAGGACCUUAGAGAACCAGUGGGAAUGGUGAUGUUAGAUGAUGGAUCAUUGUUGGUGUGCUACUACAACUGCAAUGGCACCAUACAUCAUAUUUCAGGAGACUUGAAGCGAGGUCAGACAAUAUUAGAUGGAUUACAGUACCCACAAUCUAUAUGCUACAAUCGCAAGGAACAAAAUGUCUACAUUGGUGGACUUUGUGAUAAGCUAAAGAUAAAAAAGUUUGGAAUGAAAAAAAAAGAUAUUUGA